UUCUUUCAUUAGUAUCAUUGGGUGCACAAAACAUACAUAAAAGUCCAGAAUUACCUUCGCUUUCCGUGUCUUCUUUAAGGCUAACAUUUAUAAGGGAUGAACCCACCAAUUCAAUGACCCAACAUGCCCUUUCCCUUUUUCAGGUGACCUCCUUCAUAAACACACACACACACACACAAAAGUCAUUGUGCUUGUGCCCACCAACUAGUCUCCUCUAGAACUAGAAGAAAUUCACUCAGUUCUGUUCUUCUGCUUAUGAAAUUAAAGCAAAAAUUAAUCCAUUUCAAAAUUGUGUCAAGAAUGAGAUUCUCAGCGGUGUAUUUUGUCUUAUUAUUAUUUGUGGUGGCAGAACUAGAAGCAACCACAUGUUUCACUUUCAACAAAGAGAAAAAGCUGUCAGAAUUCAAGACCAAAGUUCAUGAAAAGAUUCAAAAGUUAUCAGCACCUGCUUCUUCAUCAGAAACAAAGAAGAGUGGGAGGGUGCUGUACGUGAGUGAAUAUGGUGCAGACCCAACAGGGAAUGAAGAGAGCAGUGAUGGCAUUUUGAAAGCUGUUGAAGAUGCUUUUGCGUUGCAGAAAGGUGUUGAGUUUGUUGGAGGAGUGAAUGACCUUGGAGGAGUUGUGAUUGAUUUGGAAGGUGGAAACUACAAAAUCAGCAAACCCAUUUCAUUCCCUUCAUCUGGUGGUGCCAAUCUUGUGGUAAAAGGAGGAACGUUGAGAGCAUCUGAUACAUUUCCUGGUGAUCGGCAUCUAAUUGAGUUAUGGUCAUCAAAUUCCGGGAAACUUGAGACAAAAGAAUCUCUGAACGCUGAUGUCUUCAAAAGCAUCAAAGCUCAAAACAAUGCAAUUUACUAUGAAGACAUAACGUUUCGGGACAUCCUUUUCGAUUCAUCCUACAGAGGAGGAGGGAUAUUCAUCGUUGAUUCGGCUAGAACCCGGAUCAACAAUUGUUUCUUCCUUCAUUUCACCACAGAAGGAAUUCUGGUCCAGCAAGGACAUGAGACCUUCAUAUCAAGUUGUUUUCUUGGGCAACACUCCACCGUUGGCGGAGAUAAAGGCGAAAAGGACUUCUCUGGGGUUGCCAUUGAUCUUGCUAGUAAUGACAAUGCAGUCACAGAUGUUGCAAUUUUCUCAGCAGCAAUUGGUGUUGUGCUAAGGGGUCAAGCCAACAUUCUAACUGGGGUGCAUUGUUAUAACAAGGCAACAUAUUUUGGUGGCAUAGGCAUAUUAGUGAAAUUGGCAGGUAAUUCACUAACUAGAAUUGAUAACUGUUAUCUGGAUUACACUGGAAUAGUCAUGGAAGAUCCUGUGCAAGUUCAUGUCACUAAUGGGUUGUUUCUAGGGGAUGCUAAUAUUGUAUUGAAGUCUAUUAAAGGUCAAAUUUUUGGCCUAAAUAUAGUUGAUAAUAUGUUUAAUGGUGACCCCAAUAAGAAGGUUCCUAUUGUAAAACUAGAUGGAGAAUUUAGUAGCAUUGAACAAGUGGUGAUUGAUCGCAACAAUGUGAAUGGCAUGAGCUUGAGAUCAACAGUUGGGAAGUUAACUGCGAGCGGAAAUGGCACGAAGUGGGUGGCUGAUUUUUCAUCAGUUUUGGUGUUUCCUAAUAGGAUUAGUCAUUUUCAAUAUUCAUUUUAUGCUCAAGAUGAGGCUAAAUUUGUAGCACUUUCUAUGACCAAUGUGUCAGAUAAUGUUGUUGUUGUGGAGAGUGAGAAAGAAGCUAAAGGGUUCGUCUCCUUCAAAGUUGAACAAUAAGAAAGAAGACAGAGUGAUUGUAUUUGUACUCAUUAAUUAAUGUAUUAAAUAAUAGUAAUAGUUUCAGAA